UUAAUUGGGUGUUUUGCUCUUGCUUGAAAACUCGAUCAACGAUGCACUCGCAUACGCUUAAAACAUCAAGAAACUACAUCUCUCGCUCUCCCUCUGCUUGGCACUCUCCGCCAUUGCCUCAGCAAGACGAUCCCAUUCUCACCUCACUCUCUCAUGCCAUUACAAAUUCUCAAAUAAAACCUCUUCACGUAGCUCUCAACAAACUCCUUCCUUCCCUUACUCCCUCUCAUGUCUCCAAUCUCAUCGCCUUCAACCCUCACUCGCUUCCCCAUUCCCUCUUCUCCUUCUUUAACUUCCUUUCUUCCCAACCCACGUUUCGUCACACGCUUCACACCUAUUCCACCAUGGCUCAUUUCCUUAUCGCCCACAACAUGCUUCCUCAAGCACGUUCUCUCCUCCGUUUUUUAGUCUCUCGCAAGGGAAAAUGCUCGGCUUCUUCGGUUUUCGCUUCGUUUCUCGAAACCAAAGGUACCCGUGAGUGUGAUUUUGCUUUUGAUUCCUUGAUAAUUGCGUAUACGGUGGGUUUUAUUUCUGAUGCUAUUCAGUGCUUUAGAUUGGUAAGAAAGCAUAAAUUCAAAGUACCAUUUCAGGGUUGUAAGUAUUUGCUUGAAAGAAUGAUGAGGACGAGUUCUCCGAUGGUGAGUUUGGGAUUUUAUAUGGAGAUUUUGGAGUAUGGGUUUCCACCCAAUGUGUAGUUUAAUAUUCUGAUUAAUAGACUGUGUAGAGAAGGUCAAAUUAAAGAUGCCCAAAAGGUGUUUGAUGAAAUUAGGAGGAGAGGUUUACGUGCUACGGUUGUCAGUUUCAAUACUUUAAUCAAUGGGUAUUGUAAAUCAGGGAAUUUAGAAGAAGGGUUUAGAUUGAAAACUGUUAUGGAGGAUGCCGGGAUUCGUCCCGGUUUUACUUACAGUAGUUUGAUUAAUGGAUUGUGUAAGGAGAGUAGGUUGGAUGAUGCAAAUGAAUUGUUUGAUGAAAUGUGUAGCAGAGGGUUGGUCCCGAAUGGUUUUAUUUUCACUAGCUUAAUCGAUGGAAUGUGCAAAAAGGGAAGAACUGAUUUAGCAAUUCAAACUUAUCAGCGGUUUCUGAAGAAAGGUUUCGAACCGGAUUUAGUUAUGUACAAUUCACUUAUAAAUGGUGUAUGCAAAUCUGGGGAUCUAAAACGAGCAAAGAUGUUUAUUGCUGAGAUGAGCUUGAGAGGUUUAAAGCCUGACAAAUUCACUUACACAAUACUAUUAGACGGGUUUUGUAAAGAGGGAGAUAUGGAGUCCGCAUUGCUAAUUAGAGAGAAAAUGGUUACACAAGGGAUUGAACUUGAUGAUGUUGCUUUCACAGCCCUUAUUUCGGGGUUCUGUAAAGAGGGAAGACUCAUCGAUGCUGAACGAGCAUUGAGGGAGAUGUUAAAUGCUGGUAUGAAACCGGAUGAUGCUACGUAUACUAUGAUCAUGGAUGGAUUUUGUAAGCAAGGUGAUGUAAGAAUGGGUUUCAAGUUGCUCAAGCAGAUGCAGAGCUAUGGUCAUGUGCCCGGUGUUGUAACCUAUAACGUUCUUAUGAAUGGACUUUGCAAACAGGGGCAACUCAGAAAUGCUAAUACACUGUUAGAUACGAUGCUUAGUUCAGGGGUGGUUCCGGACAGCAUUACGUACAACAUUCUAUUAGAUGGUUUCUGCAAGAAGGCAAAUCCAAAAGAUGUCAGCAAACUAAGAAGUGAGAUGGGGCUUGUUGCAGAUUAUGCCUCUUAUAGCUCACUAAUUAGCCAGGUUGGUGGAGCUUCAAAAUCGCUCGAAGAGAUAACACUUUCUGGAGCAGGUUCGCUUGGUGUAUAUCGUUAAGAUGAACAAACAAACAUGGACUUCGAUGCAGUCAAUUGCCUUUGAUCUACUAGAUGGUUCCAUUCGGUUCAUCGAAACCAUCGUGACACGAUUCGUUGGACAUCGUUUCUCAAAAUUCAGAAGAUAUUUAGAAGACUAUAUGGCUACCUAAUGUCCAGCAACCUCCACAUGGUUUUAGCCCAAGCUUGUAACAGAGUCAUGCCUGAGCCUGAGAAUUGUUGCAAGUCAAUCAGAUACUGAAUCUUGGUGAUAAUCUAACUUGCAUAGCAGUGCCCCAAAGUUUUAAUCGUGAUCCGGAUGGAUCAAAUGCAAGGCAUCCGAUUGAAUAAGCUCAGUGCGAAGAUCGAUUAGGGUCUCGCGGAUUGUCUACGAGCAAUGUUUUAAUAUACUGACAAGGCUGCAGAGAGAGAGAAGUGAU